CAUUCCUCUUGUUCGAUUGCCAUCUCAUCAUACAUCUUCCUCCGAUUCACCAGAGUCAGCCUGCUUCGUUGAUUCUCUAUUCACUUCAAAUCAUUCUAGACUUGAAGUACUUGAUAUCCAUUCCCUUUAGGGUCACUUCUGAACCCAUUCACCUACCAACCACCACCUGGAGCUUCCGCGUAGGAACGCUCUGAUUUCCCUUUGCUCCCUAUCAUACCUCAUCAUUAGCCAUGGAUCGAUUGAAUCGUAUGCUGCAGGCUGCCCAGGGCAUGGGCAUGGGUGGUGCAGGCCCCGGAGGCGACACCCCCAACCUGAUCGAUAACUCCGAAACCGUCCACAUUUCGUCGCUCGCUUUGUUGAAGAUGUUACGGCAUGGUCGGGCAGGUGUGCCUAUGGAAGUGAUGGGUUUGAUGCUGGGAGAGUUUGUGGAUGACUACACGGUUCGAGUGGUGGAUGUCUUUGCGAUGCCCCAGAGCGGUACUGGUGUCAGUGUCGAGGCUGUGGAUCCCGUCUUCCAAACCAAGAUGAUGGAUAUGCUCCGGCAAACAGGACGACCGGAGACUGUCGUUGGCUGGUACCACUCCCAUCCCGGUUUUGGCUGCUGGCUCUCGUCGGUCGAUAUCAACACCCAGCAGUCCUUUGAGCAGCUCAACUCCCGCGCCGUUGCCGUGGUCGUCGAUCCGAUCCAGUCCGUCAAGGGCAAGGUCGUCAUUGAUGCGUUCCGUCUUAUCCAGCCCCAGACCGUCGUUAUGGGCCAGGAACCCCGCCAAACGACGUCUAACUUGGGCCACCUGAACAAGCCGUCGAUCCAGGCCCUUAUCCACGGCCUGAACAGACACUACUACAGCAUCGGGAUCGCCUAUCGCAAGACCGGAUUGGAAGAGAACAUGCUGAUGAAUCUCCACAAGAGUGUCUGGACGGAGGCUCUUCAAAUGAAGGAUUUCCACGAGGAGGGCCAGCACAACGUGGAGCAAAUGCAGCAGCUUGUCACCCUCGCGGAAGGCUACGAAAAGCGGGUCAAGGAGGAGACGGAGUUGUCCAAGGACCAGCUGAAGACGAGAUAUGUCGGCAAGGUCGACCCCAAGAAGCACAUUGAGGAUAUGAGCCAGAAGUUGAUCGAGGACAACAUCGUGGCGGUAUCGCGGCAGAUGAUCGACAAGGAGGCUUCGGUGGCUCGACUGUCCAGCGGGAAAGGAUCCCAGAAUGGCAGUGGGAUGGAAGUGGACGAAGAGUAAUAGAUAAUUUAUAACGCGUGGACAUGGAAUGCUAUUUGUUUGAAAUAAACGGCAAGAUUAGGCAGCGUCGGCUAC